CAACGCAGUCUUGCCCACCCCCGCCCCGCCGAGUGGAGCUCCCGCCAUCUUGCCCCGCCCCCCAUAGCCCAGUCACCUUUUCCCUUUCUACACUCUCUGUCCCCCACUCCGUCCCUUUUCAAUCGUGUCCCAGGCUUCAGCAGCAGAAACCGCGCCAUCUCUACCCCUACAUUCUCCACGCGGGACGCGCAGCCGUGCCUACAAGUGUCCUUAAAGCAGAGAUGAAUAAUACUGCAGCUAGCCCAAUGUCUGCUGCCACUUCAGGUAGUGCAAGAAGUACAGGAAAGGCUAUUAGCUUUGCAGCAGAAUUGCAGAGUAUGAUAGCUGCCACACAAUUUUAUAUCACAUCAGCAAUGUGGAAGAUUUUCAAUUUCUUCACAUCCAGCCUAUUUUUAAAAAGGAUGAUUAAACUAUCUUUUCUCCAGUUUUCUUUAGGAGAUGCUAGGAGGCCUCUUUAUGAAACAGCAGUUUUGGUAGAAGAUGUGGUGCACACUCAGUUAAUUAAUCUGUUGGCAGAGAUGUGCCCUCCGAGCCGAGCUUCUGCCCUCUGUGCCGACAGCAAUCCCUGGGCGUCUCUCAAUCCUUUACAGCAAGCUGCUGAAGUUUCUCAGCUGCGGGGAGCAAGAGUAAUCUCUCCUGAAGAUCUUCUGUUUUUGAUGCGCAAAGAUAAGAAAAAGCUUAGAAGACUACUAAAAUAUAUGUUUAUUCGAGACUACAAAUCAAAGAUCGUCAAAGGCAUAGAUGAAGAUGAUCUUCUAGAAGAUAAACUAAGUGGCAACAGUAACACAAACAAAAGACAAAAAAUUGCUCAGGACUUUCUCAACUCUAUUGACCAGACAGGAGAACUUCUGGCAAUGUUUGAAGAUGAUGAAAUUGAUGAAGUUAAACAAGAAAGAAUGGAGAGGGCAGAAAGACAGACACGAAGUAUGGAUUCAGCUCAAUACGCAGAGUUUUGUGAAAGUCGACAAUUAAGCUUCUCCAAAAAAGCUUCCAAAUUUCGAGACUGGUUGGACUGCAGCAGCAUGGAGAUAAAACCCAACGUUGUCGCUAUGGAAAUUUUAGCUUAUUUAGCAUAUGAAACAGUGGCACAGUUAGUGGAUCUGGCUCUUCUUGUGAGACAGGACAUGAUAACCAAAGCAGGGGACCCCUUCAGUCAUGCCAUUUCUGCAACUUUCAUUCAGUAUCACAACUCUGUUGAGGGGUCUUGCAUGAAGUCCUGCCCCGACUCCCCUGAGAACACACCACCUCCUACACCAACAGCUCCAUCAUCUGGAUCCCAGCACUCAGGGAGAACCACAUCAGGAUCCCUAGGGAGUGGGAGUGCUACACAGGACUCCACUAAAACCAAGCAGAGGAAGAGAAAAAAGAGCACUGCGGCCUGUGGUGUUGAGGCUCACAGCGAUGCCAUCCAGCCCUGCCACAUCAGAGAGGCCGUUCGACGCUAUGGCCACAAGAUUGGCCCCCUUUCCCCAUUCACAAUUUCUUUUUCUUUGACAGAGUGCCUACCGCAGAAAUGGGAUGGCUUUUCUAGCCUGUUGAUGUGACUGUGCCUGCGAUGACUGGAAAGGCAGUGUUAUACUGAGGUGAUCUCUUGAACAAAAUAAAAGUUUACCUUCUCCAUGUCCUAGGGAGUGGAAUGGCUUAUUGUGACUCUCUACUGGCUGACUCCUGCUCUUUUCCAGCCCCCUCAACACUUUGUCUUGUUUACUAGAUGGACCAUUUAGCUAAUAAAUGGCAGGAUGUUUAGGAUAGCAUGUAGGUGGACAAGAAUGUAGAUCACACGAUUUUGAAAUUUUAAUUUGGCAUGGAUUUGCUACCCUCAACACCCGUAUCCUAAAAGCAAUGUCUCCCCACCCCACUGUGUUUGGUCAGUGUUUAUUUGAUACCUUUAUAAUCCAGGUUUGAGACAAAGGAGACAAAAUUAAAAGGACAGUUGAUCUUCUCCUCCCACUGUCCUACCAGCUUUACUUUCCAACACUUGUUGACUGCAUCUGCAUGUAUUUUACAGAUACCUGUUUCUUUUAUAGCUAAUCAAAGAUCUAAUUGACCUGCUGAACUGCCUUUUUCCCUCUCUUCUUCCCUCAUGUACUAUAUCUGAAUAUGGGUCAUUUCCAUGCCUUUUUCCCAUCUUCCUGCCAUGUGUUUCUCCUCAUACAGAACUUUUUCCAACAUUUCCCUCCUUUCCCCUGGUCCACUUGCCAGGGCCACCAUCCUAUCCAUUCCCUGUCCUAUCAGAAGCAGUAGAAAGGAGCAGAAAAGCUUGCUUCCUCUCUUCAGCAUCCCCACCCAGUUGGAGACUAGGCAGCCACAUUGCUUGCUGGGAGCAGCUGCGCUACCCUCUGGCAUCUGUGUUUUCUGUGGUAAAUGAGGAACUGUUAACUCCUGGGAACAAACCAAAAUAUGGCAGAUGAAGUUGUACAGUUCCUGAUUAAACAUGAAUUGCAAAAAAGGAAGUUAUUUCUUUAAAUUCUGUGGGAAUUUUGUGUAAUUUAACUUUUAUCAUGGUUUCACAUAAACCAAAACAGUCUUUUAUAAAGAAUUAAUAAAAACAGAAAUGAGAAGCGUGAAAAUUUUUUUUCCUUGGGACCAGAUCAUUGAGAGUCUCGGUGUAAUUGUGCCAUGUUAUUCACAUUUGUUAACUGUCAUUUACCUGUUCUAUGUUAAUACUCUUGGAAAAAAAUCUGCAUGUCAGAAACAAAAAACAGAUAUAUAAUAUCAAAAAAAUUGCUGAAUGGUUUUGAUAUUGCAUCUGUGCUGAUUGAAAUGUACAAUUAAACUUUUCUUUUUAUCAUCA